AUUUAUUUGCGCAUGCGCUGUCGUGUCGCGUUAGCUGCCGCUUGUAACUGCGUUCUAUUUAUUUACAUGCAGAUUUUGGGAUAAUUAGUUAAUAAUUGCGCUUAGUUGUCGACGCCGAAACAUACAAAAACGAGGCCAUGACAGAAGAGCAAGAGAUAAUGUGCAAAUUAGAAAAUAUCCUGGAAAUAAGGAAUAAAACUCUCCAGCUGCAGAAGAUCAAAUCCAGGCUGAAGAGCGAGUUUGAGGCGCUUGAAGGUGAAGAGAAACACCUGAGAGAAUACAAGCAGGAAAUGGACCUGCUCCUUCAGGAGAAGAUGGCCCAUGUUGAGGAACUACGUCUGAUUCAUGCUGAUAUCAAUGUGAUGGAGAGCACCAUUAAGCAGUCGGAAAAUGAUCUGAACAAACUUUUGGAGACUACAAGACGCCUUCAUGAUGAAUACAAGCCCUUGAAGGAGCAUGUUGAUGCUCUGAGAAUGACUCUUGGUCUGAACCGACUGCCAAACCUUAAUGAGGAAGAGGAGAGACUUUCACUUGAUUACUUUGAGAAGCAGAAGGCUGAAUGGCAAAAAGAGCCACACGAGCCCAUCAUUCCUGAAUCUCUAGCAGCAGCUGCAGCUGCUGCUCAGCAGCUUCAGGUCUCAAGAAAACAAGACCCACGGCAACCAGCCACUUUCAGGCAGCAACCUCCACCCAUGAAGGCAUGCCUAUCUUGUCACCAGCAAAUUCACCGCAAUGCACCCAUCUGUCCACUGUGUAAAGCAAAGAGUCGUUCCAGGAACCCCAAGAAACCCAAGAGGAAGCCUGAUGAGUAAAUAAAAUGGAACUUAUUUUUACAUGCAAGAGUCUCCUUUUAGAGCAUUUUUAAUGUAAACUGUGUUGUAGUCCCUUUUGUGUUGUGUACUUGAUUUAAAUCUAUUAAACAUAAGAUUUUUUUGGAAUCAUCCAUACAACAACAAAUAUUGUUAGCAUUACAUUAACACCCAUGUCUAAACAGUUUCUACUGAAAUGCGUUUACGUUACGUUUGCAUUUUAAAUUAGUACGUAAUAGGUAUGUAGUUUGUUAUUAAAAACAUAUGGUAUUUGUCUUUUUCUGGUAGAAAAAACUUGAAAGGGAUUUGCAAGUUGUGAUAAAGCAGUGGCUGUAUUAGACAUUAAUAAUGCUAAAAUUUGUAGUCUUGCAUGUUUGGUGUCGUUAAAAUUUAAUGAUUAAAUUGUGACUAAUUUGUUCAAUUGAUGAACCAAACCUGAUUAGAUGGUAUGGUUGCUGUUACUAAUUGUUGUAUACUGAAUGUUUUUAUAUUUCCAUUUUUUUAAUAUUUGUCAGAUGAUGUACUGUGUAUUUUAAUUAAGAAAAUA